AUGGCUUUCCUGUCUCCCUUGCUCUUUGGUAUCGUGAACGGCUCCAUGGUCGCCAUCCUCUUCCAGGUCGUGGUCUCCAUGUCGCGCUUCGCCGGGCCCGGCUACGUGAAGAUCGGCCGCGUCCCCGGCACGGCGAGCUACGACGAGCUGGGCCCCGGCUCGGCGGCGUGUCCCAUCCCGAAGAUCAGCAUCACCCGCCCCAUGGGCCCGCGCUGGUUCGGCAACGCGGCGGCCAACACGCGCGCGGCGCGCGCGGAGCGCCGGAAGCAGAAGCAAGAGAUCUUAGUGGCGAUCGCGGACUGGCGCAUGGUGCCCUUCUUGGAUGAAACGGCUUUGGCACACUACAAGGAUUCCUGGUCAAAAGUAGAUGUGAAGGUUUUGGUGACCAAUGCCUGUGGCAAUGUGCGCCGCCAGAUUCAGGAAUCUGGUCUCGCGGAGAUUCUUCAACAGCCUGAAGAGACGCUAGCGGACCUCCAUGCUGCGGUUUUGUGGGCAGAAGAACACGUCAGACAAGUCGAAAUGAGCCGUACUGUGAUUGGCCUCAGCGAGAGGGUUGGAACUACUUUGGAGGAUUAG